AUGGGCGCCGAAUCUGGAUUAGGGCUAGGGCUCUCUCAUAGCAAAGAUGCCAACUUCGAACAAUGGUACACUGAGGUUGUGGUUAAAGGGGAGAUGAUUGAAUUCUAUGACAUAACAGGCUGUUACAUUCUGCGGCCAUGGGCAAUGUCCAUUUGGGAGAUUAUGCAAGAAAGUAGCUUCUUCGAUGUCGAAAUCAGAAAAAUGAAUGUUAAGAACUGCUACUUCCCUCUCCUUUUAACACAGAAGGAGAAGAACAAUUUAGAGGUUGUAAGUGUUGCUCGGUCGGGAGAUUCUGUCCUAGAACAACCCAUUGCUAUUCGUACAACUAGUGAAACGAUCAUUUACCCGUAUUUCUCCAAGCUCGUUAGGACGCACCGUGAUUUACCUCUCAGGCUUAACCAGUGGUGUAACGUCGUUAGAUGGGAAUCAAGUCCUAUGCCAUUUAUAAGGAGUCGUGAAUUUCUUUGGCAAGAAGGACAUACUGCAUUCGCAACAAAGGAGGAAGCUUAUGCAGAGGUGCUAGACAUUUUGGAACUGUAUCGACGCAUCUACGAAGAGUUCUUGGCUGUUCCGGUUAUCAAGGGCAAGAAAAGCGAGCACCAGAAGUUUGCUGGUGGACUUUAUACGGCUACUGCCGAGGCUUUUGUCCCAAAUUCCGGUCGAAGUGUACAAGGAGCAACUUCACAUUGCUUGGGCCAAAAUUUUGCAAAAAUGUUUACAAUUUGUUUUGAUGAUGGGAAAGGAGAAAAGGCAUUAGUCUGGCAGAAUUCGUGGGCUUACACUACGAGAACGAUAGGGGUGAUGACAAUGGUUCAUGGUGAUGAUAAAGGCUUGGUGCUGCCUCCUAAAGUAGCAUCCCUCCAAGUAAUCGUAGUCCCGGUGCCAGACAAGGAUGCAGACGACACUCGGUUGAUAUUUGAUGCGUGUGCAUCCACUGUAAAGUCCUUGAACGAAGCAGGAAUUCGUGCUGAGGCUGAUUGCAACGAUAGUAAUUCGGCCGAAUGGAAAUGCUCUCAUUGGGAAAUGAAAGGUGUUCCCCUAAGAAUUGAAAUAGGACCAAAGGACUUAGCAAACAAUACAGCCCGUGCUGUCCGACGAGAUAAUUCAUCUACAAGUGACAUUCCCAUGGCUGACUUGGUCGAGCAAGUUAAAGCGAUGCUCGAUAACAUCCAACAAAAUCUCUUCGAUGCUGCCAAGCGAAAACGAGAUGCUUGCAUCCAAAUUGUGAACACCUGGGAAGAGUUUGCAGAAGCACUUUCCCAGAAGAAGAUGAUUCUGGCCCCAUGGUGCGAUAAGGAGGAGGUGGAGGAGGACGUUAUGACACGCACGAAGGGAGAAAUGGGUGCAGCCAAGUCUCUAUGUUCUCCAUUCGAACAGCCUGCACUCCCCGAAGGUACGUUGUGCUUCGCAUCCGGUGAGCCUGCUACAAAGUGGACCUACUGGGGAAGAAGUUACUGA